UUCAAUUUUUAAUGCCAUUGGCAAAAAAAUUUAUUCAACCCAAAUGCUGCUUUUGCAUAUCCCUGACAUCUGGAUGCAUUAUAGUAUCGUUUUAUACUUUAUUUUUUGGAUUCCUCAAUGCAGGGAUCUUGGUUGAUGAUGUCCUCUAUAAGAAAACCGGAAAGACGGAUCCAUGGACGAAGUGGUUUAAUAUAUGUCACGUGGCCCUCAAUAUUCUGUCUGCUGUUAUACUUCUGUUAUCAAUUGUGACGAAAUAUGUUUAUUUUGUAUUUGUUUGGAUGGCAAUGUUCAUUUUACACAUGAUCGCAUACUACAUAGCGUUCCAUGCUAUAGUAAAUGUCCGCAUGCCCUUUUUUAAUUCCCCAGUUACUGGAUCCAUAUAUGUCCUUUUCAUGUGCCUUACACUUGCCAUUGAUAUAUUCUGCGUUUACACGGUAUACUGUUAUUAUUUUGUUACGACACAUCCGAAGGAUUUUCGACCGCCCUGUGCUGAUAAUAAGUGAGAAUAAAAGAACA